AUGACUCGCUUCUGGCGGGAACUAAAAUAUUACUUGAACAAACCCUUGUUUAUUUAUAAUGAUUCGAUUACCUACGAAGACUUUGUCAAUAGUUCCUUUUCGACACAUUCUUACGAUUUAUCUAAUGGUGAUUACGAUGUCAAGAUUGAGGUCGGAGAAGAGCCGGAUGUGCGUAUUGUUUGGGCACAUUCAUCCAUCCUGAAAGAGAGAUCGAUGUAUUUUAAGGUCGCUUUGAGUAGUAAUUGGACAAGGAAACAGAAUGACAUCAUAGUCUUUAAGAAGCCAAAUUUGAGCUACCAAGUGUUUGCGUCUCUGGUUAAAUACUUGUAUACUGGACGGCUGUCACUCCAAUCGAUAUCCCCGCUCACUGCGUUGGGCCUUCUUCAAGCAGCAGAUGAGCUGUGUUUGCAAGAACUUCUCGAUUACAUACAGCAGUACCUUUUACGAAAUCCGACAUGGUUAGAAAAGAACUUUGCCAUGGUGUAUUCGACGUGCCUUCCACACAGCGCAUUUACACGACUACAAGAAUAUUGCAAUCACAUUGUCGAAGAUCUACCGUAUUUGAUAUUUGCAUCCGAAGACUUUACACUGCUUGAUGAUGAGUUACUUCAAUCGCUGUUAAAACGAGACGAGAUUGCGAUACCAGAAGACCGCCUGUGGAUACGACUGCUAGACUGGGGAAUAGCACAAGCCAACUUGCAUCCGAACAAAAGCAAAUGGACUUUAUCAGACUGGCAAUCGCUACAAUCUGUAUUGGAUCCGUUUAUUUCAUUGAUCAGAUUUCCGGAAAUAUCACAAUUAUGUUUCGUGAAAAAGGUGUAUCCAUACAGACAAUUAUUAUCACAUGAUAACUUUCAGGGCGAUUUAACGUUGCCUCGUCUUGGACCAAAACCAUCCACGCGCUAUCCAAAAGAUUUGUUGGACAACCAGCAGCUAACGUGGAUAUCAAAGUACAUCGGCGGAAAAGAUCCAUCAUACUCGGAGCUUACUUCAGACAAAUUUAACAGUACACCAUACAAGUUCAAGUUGAUCCUUGAUGGAUGUCGAGACGGAUAUACAUCAGAGACAUUUCAUAAACUGUGCGAUAAUCAAGGACCGACAAUAAUAGUAAUGUCGAUCAAAGAGACGAAAGAGAUUAUCGGAGGAUUUAAUCCUCGUAGUUGGAAUUCGUCGGACGUGCGAAUAAAGACGUCGUAUUCGUUUCUGUUUACUUUGACGAACGGAAAAUUGGUCGUAUCUCGAGUAGCACAUCCGCAGUUGGCGGUACAUUGUCAUGGGAAAUUUGGUCCGAUAUUUGGAGAUUGGGAUUUGGUGAUGUAUGGUGAUUUCAAGAAGGAUAAAGAGUGUUUCUGCAGACGGCAUGCUUAUACGAAGCACAUUAGAGCGUUAGAUAGUGGAAAGUUUUCGGUCGACCAAUUCCAGGUGUGGCAUGUCAAAGAAGCUAGUUCAUAA